GCGCACUAAGGGCUAUUUAUUAUUAUCAUCUUCUCGUCUCUCCUCUGCGUUCUCAUUGUACCGCAACCACACAUCAGUGGGCUAUUCCCUUGCCUUGUAAUAUAACCGCUGUUUAGUCCAGCAAUCAUACUGACGUAAGAUGAUUGCUUUUAAUUAAUAUGAGAAAUACCAACUAUUGGAAUAUUAUUAGGAAUAGUGCAAACGUGUUAGUGACCUAUUAUUAUUGGAGCCUGGUAAAAACUUCAAACUAUACAGUAGGACUAAAAAGUGUUAAGUUGUUUAUUGAUUGGCCUUUCGUUGUUAUUGGUGACCACCGAACAAUCCCGCCAUCCCCCUCAUGCUCUUCUGCAUGCUUUCCCUGUAAAGAAAGUACAUUCUGACUAGGCGCGGACUGCCACAACAGAUAAGCACAUCAGAAAUCUAGUUCCAUCCAUUAAAUACUAAUGUGCCCGGUUAAUGGCAUUAUUAAGGAGCCAAUAAUAGUAACAGUCAAAGUUUGUGAUGAGGCUAAAGGAGUUGAACAAGAUUUCAGAUGUGAGCUGGACGUUCUUAUGAUUGAGAUGCCGUACUUCAAAGACUUUUUAAUUAAGGAUGGUCAGUUUAUAAGCGAAGUUGAAAUACUUGUUCACUGUGACUUGAAAAUAUUCGAGUGGCUAUUACUUUAUGCUAGGAAACAUAUUGAUCCUGAUGCGUAUAAAGAAUGCAUUUUGACAACUUCGAAUGUCCUUGCAUUAUUAGUUUCAUCAAACUUUCUUAAAAUGGAACAUUUGACCUCCGAAUGUUUAGAAUAUUUUUGCAAGCAUGCUGGAGCUAUAAUAGCAAGCCCUUUCUCUUUAGAUUGUUUAGGCGAUAGCUUAGUUGAACGCAUCGCUCUCGGGUUGAACUUGGAGGAACUGGAUAAGAUCAAGGAUAAAAAGGACAAAAUAAAAAGCAAAAUCUUUUUCAAAAAAAUUGAACAUUUGUUUGAUCCUCAGUAUACUUCUUCAUACUGUCCUAACAAUGCAGCGUAUCUAUUUCGAUGUCAAAAAUGUGGUAAAUUACUGACGAGGAACAUUUCAAUUAUCAUACCUUGUCUUCCAAAUCGUUUUAUAAUUAGUCAAAGUGGCGAUAUGAUACCUGUUCAUAACCCUAUGGGAUCAAGUGAAAACGAAUUAAUAUCAACAGAUGAAUCAUCUCAUCAAUGUAUUGAAGAUAAUGAAUAUUCAAAAUAUUCACAUACACCUAAAUCAUCAAUGACAUUUUCGAAUUUACAUUGUCGUUCAUUAGUCACAUCAAAUACUAAUGGGCAAACACCAAUGACAGUUAUUGAAAAACUAACACAUUUUUCAUGUACAGAACUUUUAAUUCAAUGGUUUAUGGAAUCAGGGAAUUGGCGUGAUGUAUUUUGGAAACUGUGGGCUACAAUAAAUCUUCAAUUAUGCAAACGUUGUGGUCAACAAUUUCCUAUAAUUGAAUUAGGAGAUGGUUGUCUCUAUCACACAAUGACACCCAUACCUGUUCAAUCAAGUCAAUUAGUUAAUAAUAUUGUUUCAGUGAAAAACGAACUAUCAACUGGUCUAGAUAACUGCCAACUUGGUGAUGAAUAUGAUGAUAUUUCCAGUAUUAAUCGAUUUACGUCUGCAUUUAAAAAACCAGAAAAUAUCAAAUUUCAUUGUAUAAAUGCUAAACCUCAUGAAUUAUUAUCAAAGAAACAUUCAGAAUCAAAUAUUUCUAAUACUGGCUUAUCAAGGCAUAAUAAACCUGAUUUUAUCUAUCCAUGUUGUGGAUCUGGCUUAUCAAGAUUCAAUUUAUUCCCGACUCAAACUGGAUGUCACAGAGGUGAACAUAUUUUGAAUGAAGAUAGUUCAGAUCCUGUAACAAAAUUAUGUAUACAACAUCGUAAAAUGAUUAUGUCAUGGUCUACUAAACGAUCAUUUAAUCAAAAUAACGACAUUAGUUCAUCUGAUUCUAUGAUUAAUAAUGGACCUUCACACAAUCAUAAAAUUGAUUUAAAUCAAAUUAUUUGUAAUAAAGAACUUGUUUAUAAAGCUCCAGCAUUUACACUUUUAGCCUGUUUGAAUAAACAACCUGAUAAAUAUGAUAAACCAGAAAUUUCAAAUUUGUUUAAAGCGACAAUAAAUAGUCAACCUGUAGAACCAAUAUUUGAGACUAAAUAUGAAGAUCAACUAGUUCAGAUUAACCAUUCAAAAGAUGAUGACAAUACAGUCAAUAGUUUAACACCAAUAAUUCAUUCCAAAGGGUUAUUAUCAUCAACACUGGAUGAACGUGUAUGGGACACGGGAAAAUGUAAUCGAAUUAAUCAAGAUAAUCAACGUCAAGAAGAUUUACGUCGGAUGCAAAAAAUCACUGAAUUCCUAUGUGCACAACGUCAAACAACAACCACGUGUUCCGAGAUAACAAUUUCUAAAGAAGUUAGUUUUUCUUAUAUUUUAUUACUCCAGUCAUACAAUUUACAAAUUUACCAAUUUUCUUGAUUCAUAGAAUACAUGUGUAUAUGAAAUAAAUCAUUUAAUUGAUUGAAUGUUGAUAGCAUCCAACUUUCAAUCUUUGUUCCCAGGUUCACAAACUGUUGGGUCUAGUUCAGUUUGAUCAAUCAAAGAGUAUUUUAAAGACGUUUCGAUUCUGAAGUUUUCACUAUAUUCUUCCUAGAUCUAUAUGGUGAUGAUAUUAUUUAGAAAGACAAUGAGUAACUUACGAAGCAUUUAAACUAGCUAUGCAAAAGCUUCUUUCUUUUAAUGAUAUUUUGUUUGCCAAUCUAGACAGAUAGUUUUAUUGUGAAUAUAAAAAAAAGAUCUCAGUAAUAUCCAUAAGAAUUUUAAAACAAGAAUUAUUUGCACAUCAACAGUAAUCGCUUUAUUAUAUUUUGUACAAACUGAAGGAAACAACAGUAUAAGAAGAUUAAUGUAACAUUAUCUGCAAAAUAAUUUGUUCUACACUGCGAGGUACAAACUAGACGUGUGUUCACCUAAGUAUCCACAAAUGAAGACUAGCAGUUAAAAUAUACGACAGAAGUGACCUAUAUAAAUACACUUAGGUGAAUAUGCCAAGUUUCUGUAGAAAAUAAUUCUGUAGAAUGAUGGAGAAAUUGUAAGGAGCAUAUAUUUCAGGUACAUUUAAAUUUAGGAAACAUAUCGAUGUAUGUUCAAGUUGUCACCAAAUGUGGCUAUCAUCCAUCGGUUAUAUGAUCAGUGGUCAAUUUAUCGGGAAUCUGAAGAUAAUAAGAAAAUGUAAAGACACCUAUUCACAAACAAGAUCAUAAGGAUAGACUAAUUUGGCACUUGUGAAACAGAUAACAUUUGAAGUAUGCUCUGUUGAUAUCGAGAACGACUAUAUAAGGUGUGCAAUUAAGCUGUCCUGUUAAGAAGACACAAUAACACCAAACGUUUUCCACCUGAGUUAUAAAAUUUCAAACAUUCCUUACUGUCAAUAGUAAUUUAAGAUCACAGUACUAUUAGUAGUACUAAAAACAUAUUGUUUAAUGGUUGGAUAUCCCUGGUUGUCUGUCUUUAAGUAAUGUGUUAUUUUAAAUCACUAUGUGACGGGUAAUUUAAAAAUAAUGCUUAGUCAAGCAGCUAUUGAGUGGUUUCUAAUUCUUGCAUAUGGAAACAAAACAGUAAAGCUGAGAUCAGAGUUUGUCAAUUUAAUAAAAAGUCUCGUUUAGUUUUUGAAGGAUAGUUUUAAAAUAAUCGGAGUCCGAAUGUGUCUUACUGCAAUUUGAAUAUACCUCAAAUCAAAUUACAUAUAUCCAUGAUUUAAAAGCUAUGUUCAACACCCUAUUACGAUUGGAUAGUCGUUUAGUUUUCAAGUAAUUUUGUAACCCUAUUUAUACUCAAUAAUUUUGAUUUUUGUCAAUUUUUAUAAAAAAAAGUUCCAACCAGACUAUUAAGUGAAACUCUUAAGUGAUUUUAAAUUUCACUCACUAAGAUCCUAGUCAUGAGUUUUGAAGAAUAAGUUCAAUUGGAAGUUUGAUCACGGUCAAGGACUAAUUUUCACUUGAAAAAUAGUGAAAACAUGAAGGGACUGAAUCACUGUUUUAGUCUUCCUUUAAACUCCUCUGAAACACUCAUCCAUUACUCCACACAAGAAAAAAACUAUUGAGCUUCAGGUUUCAAAGAGGAUAUGAUCCCUACUAACCACCAACUCAAUACUUUUGACUUCAGUCAGUUUGUAAAAUCACGCGAAGAUUGUGCAAGGCACUUUGUGAUAGGUGUCCCAUUUAAUAUACCUUUGAAAUUCAGAGACCACAAGGUUGUAUAUGUGUACUAAUGAGGAAUUGAGCUGUUGUGCACUCCCCGAUUUCCAGAAGUUCUGGAGUUGUUGUUAACCUAGGACGAAAACUAUCUUCAGUUUACUAAUGUAGAAUUAUAAACCCACAUGUUUGUAUUAUUAUCAAUGUACCAUUUAGCAUGAAAGAUAACAAUGAACGUCAACCAAAAUCAACAGAUAAUUAAUAAAAUCACUACAAGAUGUCGUUUUACAGAUAAUUUUUAUCAAAAUCACAAACGGAUCUAACUUGGACAACCCUUGAAAGCCUGUAAUCAAUGGACGAUCGUUUUGUUCUAAUUUGGGACUCUUCAGCUAUGUAAACCUAGGACCUUCAGCCUUGAACGUUAAUGUUUAAACAUAUAUAAUAUUUUCUGCCCAGUACCUUUUAUUGUUCGAGAGGACGAUCAACUGUUUAUUAGUUACAGUACAAAAUCAAAUAUUUCUUCAGUGUCAGGGUGGAAUUUACACACGU